AUGGGCGCCGCAGGAACACUAAUCCUGUCACCCAGGGCGACAGAGCACAGCCCCCGGAGCAAAGCCCAUCUUCCAUUUGCUUUCCCUUCCUUUCUGGGAAAGCCGAGCUCCCCUAACGUAUACGGUUGCAUUAUUUUCCUGCCUCGCCGAGUCGCUGGCCCCUCUCUGACUUCUCCCGGGAUCCGCUCGGUCGUGCGGGCCCCGCCGCAGACAGGCGGCCAGGACGGGCGUCUCGGUGCCUCCACGCCCCAUUCCCCCCCAGCGCUCCCGCCGGCCGCUGCCCGCUCCCAGGCCGGGGCCCCCGCGGGCACUGACGCGCUGGGGGAGGAGCGGUUUCUCGCUGCGUGCCUCUCAGGAGCAUUACGGCAGGGCUCGUUCCCGGCUCGGGCCGCCAGCCUCAGCCUCCCGGGUCCGGAGCUGGGACUGGCGGAGGCCGCGAGGGAAGGAGCGCGAGCGAGGAGCCACGCGCCGCCCGUCCGCGCCCAGACCGCCGCUGCCGCCUCCGCAGCCAUGGCCGAGCGCCGCGCCUUCGCCCAGAAGAUCAGCAGUUACCCAGCGUCAACCAUGGUCCAGAAGCCCACGAUCCUCUUUCUGACAUACUGUCAGAGGUGAAUAGCAGCCUGACUCUGCAUCACAGUGCCUCUGUCAUUCCUCUCACUUCAUCUCAUCACGUAGGCAUUUCACCAUCUCACAGCAUCACAGGAAGGUGUAAUAUCCUCUGGUCCAUCUAUGUUGUCA